AUGUUUGUGGAUUCCAAGUUGAAAACCCUUGUGCCGUGUAUUAACACUAUAACUGCUACUGGGUGUUUGAAUGCUUGCAUCCAAGACACAUCGUUCAACCUUGGGGAUACCUUCCACCCCAAGAACAAUUUUGACCUUUACGCUGCUAUGUACUGGACUCGGCAUUAUCAAACAGCAGCCAUUAGUAAGGAUAAUACCUCUGUUCUCUCCAAACUACAAGAAUUCGUUUUCUAUGACGACGGAGAAACAAACCUGUGUUUUAUUGCUUGGCUUGAUACCAUCCAGACUGUCGCAGAGCGACUUUCUCCAGGGCACCCCCUGAAAACUGAGCUCAACUCUGUGACAAGCAUGAAUAUGAAACCUCUUUUUACUGCUUGUAUUUACGGAAUUAUUAAGAUUGUUCAUUCUGCUGUGACUGAAGAAGACUUCGAUGUGAGCGAGAAAUCGACAAUCGGCCACACGCCGCUAUACCUAGCGGCGACAUUUGGGCACGAUGCGAUUAUCCGUAUACUCAUUUCUCAUGGCGCUGAUGUAUGCCUUGAAGGAGGCAAACAUGGAGAUUCAGUCAACGCCGCUUGUGCCAAUGGUCAUGUCAGUGCAGCAAAUUUGCUCCUCAGUCACCAAUCAAAUUCUAUCUCCUCGGAUGAUGUUGAAUUAGCUUUUCAGAAGUCCUUGGUAUUAGGCCAGGAGAACGUAGCUUUGUUCCUUUUGCAAAACUUCAUCACGAUCUCGGACCAUGAGACCUACACCAAGACAGCUGAACAAGCAUCUCAAGCGGGGAUGUUCAAACUGGUGCAAUGGUUGAGCAAAUCUAUCCCAAUAAAAGGUACUGGACAUGGCUAUCUUGAAGGGUCAACUCUCAUUCAUCAAGAGGUAUUGAAGCUCCCGUUGCCUGAACAUUCAGUUGCGAACGCAGCUUGUAUGGGUCAUGUCGACAUCGUUUCAUUUUUCUUGGAUGAAGGAGUCAGCAUUGAAAUCGAGGGACCACUUGGGAGUCCUCUUCGAGCUGCCAGUCUCAUGGGCCAUGAAAUGGCUGUUCGCUUGUUGAUUGCUCGGGGGGCAAGCAUUAACGCCACUGGGAAAUUUGGCGACGCCCUCCAGGCUGCAGCGAUGAAUGGCCACAGGUCAAUCACGCUGUUUUUGAUCCAAAAUAAAGCAGACGUCAGCGCGGAAGGCGGUUACUAUGGGAAUUCCCUUCAAGCUGCUGCAUCUCGUGGACAUGUUGAGGUGGCAGAGGCUCUAAUCGAUGCUGGUGCACGGGUUGCCGCCAAAGGCAGGUAUAAAGAUGCUUUUCUUGCUGCCGCCGAAGCAGGCCAUCAUGCUGUGGUGGCCCUAUUUAUUGGAAAGAGCUUCCAGUUGCCGCGACGUUACGUUCAGUCGUGCAUGAAACUUUUGUUCAAGGAUCUCUUAGGGUAUCGCCUCCUCUGA